GCCAGGCCGGGCCGGAGGCCGCAGAUCCGUCUCCUCCCGGCCCUCCUCCUCCAGGCUGGCCGCCAUGCUGUCCCCGCAGCUCGCCCUCCCCUGCAACCUGAACCACCUGCGCCUGCAGCACGUGGCCCUGGGGCUGCGGCUGGCCCACCGGGAGGGGACCCCGGCCCCGGCCCCGGCCCCUCCGCUCGACGCCAACUCCAACAGCCCGGCCGUGCCCUGCCGCUGCUGCGGGCCCCACACCCGCCACGACGGCGAGGAGGAGGGAGAAGGACGGGAGGAGCAGCGGCCGCUACGGUCCUCCCCUUCCACGCCGACCUCCUCCUGCUCCUCCUCGUCGUCGUCGUCGUCGUCGUCGUCGCUCGGCUGCGCCUCCGACCUGAGCCCCGAUUUCGGCCAGGCCCGCGGCCCCUCGGCCGCCUCGUGCUCCGACGGGCCCCCGGAGCCCCUCCUCGACGCCAACCGCAACGCCGUCGUCCCCCCGGCCGCGCCGGCCGAGCCCCCGAGCCCCCCGCGCCGGCCCGUCACGUCCUUCCACGAGCUGGCCAAGAGGCGCAAGCGGGGCCCGGCCCCCGCGAGGGACCGCGCCGACUGGCUGAUCGUCUUCUCGCCCGACGCCGAGCAGCCCCCCGUCGGGGUCCCGGGGCCGCCCGCCGCCCGCCAGGUGGUCACCUUCCGGGAGUUGCGUCUGCGCGGCGGCCUCCUGCUACGACAACGACAACAGCGACAACAGCAGCAGCAGCAGGCCGAGGCGGCCCCGCCGCCACCCCCGGUCCCCCCGCGCGGCGGCGGCGGGACCCCGGGGCCGCCGCCCCCCGUGCCCCCGCGGAGGACGAAGACGCGCCCGGGCGGCCUGCAGCCCAUCGCCGAGGGGCGACCCGGGGACGACGUCCGGGCCCCGGCGGGGGACGAACCGGCCGCACUCGGGGACGAAGGCCGGGGGGACCGGCGGGGCCCGUGGCUGUGGAUGGCGGACGACGCCGAGCGGGCGGCCUGCAGACUACGGGAACGGAAGAGAGGGCUCCUGGUGGCCGUCAGCGCCUCGGUGGACAAGAUCAUCGCCCACUUCGGAGCCGCCCGGAACCUCGUGCAGAAGGCGCAGCUGGGGGACAGCCGGCUGAGCCCCGAAGUGGGGCACCUCGUCCUGGGCGGCCUGUGCCCGGCGCUGCACGCCCUGCUGUCGGACGGGCUGAAGCCCUUCCGCGGGGACGUGAUCACCGGCCAGCGGCGGUGCAGCCCCUGGACCGUGGUGGAGGCCUCCGUGAGAGCCGGGGCCCCCGCCGCGGCCCCCCGCCCCGCCGGCUCCCUGGCGGCCCUUCACCGGCAGAUCGCCCGCCUGACGCCCCUGGGCACCAACCGCAGCCGCUUCCACGCCUUCGUCCUCGGCCUGCUCAACACGAAGCAGCUGGAGCUGUGGUUCGGCCGCCUUCAGGAGGAUGAGGGUCUGCUGUCGGUCCUGUAUGUGCCCUCGGCCUUCGUGCGGCUGGCGCGCGAGGCCUGCCCGCCGCUGGCCCGGGAGCUGCUGUUGCUGCUGCAGCCCCUGUCGGUGCUGUCCUUCCGCCUGGACCUGCUGUUCGAGCCCCGCCACCACGUGCCCCCCGCGGGACCCUCCGGCCGGGCCCCGCCGCCUCCGGCCCCGCCGGCCCCGCACGACGCCGUCCGGGCCCUGCUGGGCUGGGGCCAGCGGCUGGCCCGCGGCUGGCAGGCCCCGGCCCCGGCCUCUCCUCCGCUCCUUCCGGGCGGCUGGUGGGUCCAGCUGAGCCGGGCCACCCGGGUGUACGCCUCCGGGCCGGGCCGGCCCCGGGAGGGCGAGGCCCCCGGCCGGGAGCCGGGGGCCGGGCCCAGCGGAUGGCCGGGCCGGCGGCUCUUCGGGGCCCCGGGAGUCCCGGCCGAGGCCCAGGGCGGCCCGCUGAAAUCCAGGAGACCCUCCAGCUGGCUGCCCCCCGCCAUCAGCAUCCUGGCCCUGGUCAAGAAGGGGGACCCUCCCCAGCUGGACUUGAGGCCCGAGGAAGACCCCGAGGACCCAGGCCACCCUGCUCCCAGUCCGCCCCAGGCCCACAGGACGGUCCGCGCCCUGUGCGACCACGCGGCGUCCGGGCCGGACCAACUCAGCUUCCGGAAGGGGGAGGUGCUCCGGGUGGUCUCGCCCGUGGACGAAGACUGGCUGCGCUGCGGGCGGGAGGGGGCCGAGGGGCUGGUGCCGGUGGGCUACACCUCCCUCAUCCUCUAGCCCCGGACCCGCUUCGACGCCCCCGCCGCCCUCGUUUGACCGGUGCCCUUCGCACCUACCCCCCCCCCCUCCGGGAAUGGAACGGCCCUGCUAGACUUCCCCCGCUCCAUCUGUAAAAUGGAACGUCCCGGGCGCCUCGGUGUCCCCCCCAUUCGUAUGUAAAUGGAACGUUCCGGGUGCAUCGGUGCGCCCCCUACUCGUAUGGUAAAUGGAACGUUCCGGGCGCAUCGGUGCACCCCCUACUCGUAUAUAAAUGGAACGUUCCGGGUGCAUCGGUGUGCCCCCUACUCGUAUGUAAAUGGAACGUUCCGGGCGCAUCGGAGCGCCCUCUACUGGUAUGUAAAUGGAACGUCCCGGGCGCAUCUGUGCCCCCACCCCCCCCUACUCGUAUAUAAAUGGAAUAUCCUGGGCGCAUCAGUGCCCUUUAUCGUAUGUAAAUGGACUGUCCCGAGAGCAUCUGUGCCCCCCCCCCACUUGUAUGUAAAUGGAAAGUCCUGGGCGCAUCGGUGCUCCCCCCGUAUGUAAAUGGACCGUCCCGGACGCCCCCCCACCCCGUAUUUAAGUGGACCGUCCCGGGCGCAUCUAUGUUCCUCCCCCAACUCGUAUAUAAAUGGAAUAUCCUGGG